AUGGCGAGAAGAGGAAGUGAGCAGUCAUCUGGCGUUCGGCAAACAUCUUCCACCAAGCUCAAGAGCCUUCGCACAACACAGAAGGAAACCGAGUCCAGUGAGCCGACAUCCGAGCCAGUGCAGCCGACGGAGCUCGAAAUUUCGCGGCAAGAACAGCAACCUUUCCCUUCAGGCGUGGCAGUCAGAGACUUCGCCAUCAAUGCCGGCACUGUUGAGGACAACCCAGAAGUCAUCGGCUGGGAAGGACACUUGAAGCUCACCGAUAUGCCACCCGAAGUGCUCCGCCGCAUCUGCGAAAUGCUCCUCCCAGACCGAUCUGUGAACCGGCCAGGCAAAGCAGUCCCCUCCUGGGACCACAUCCCAGUUCCAACCACAUGGUCUGGACCGCCCUCCUCCGGCGACGGCUUGUAUCCGAUUGAGGACUACACCGAAGAAGCACAUGAGGAGCUCGACCGGGAAACGCGGCGUUCUCGACUGCAAGGCCGACGCAGACCUGAAAAUCUCUUUCCUCUGAUGGUCAACAGGAGCGCACGACAACCUACCGGACAACAACCUCUCGUUGUCAACGACCUUGCCAGCUUUGCGGGCACCUGCAAAUUGAUCGGCAACUCAGCCCGUAGCAUCCCUCCAGUCAGACACUUUGUCGUUUCCAUCUGCUAUGACUAUAUGGCCUUCGAAGGAAUUCGCUCCGAAGAACCACAACAAUCGUACACAACUGCGGUACCAGGAGAAUGGAUCAUGGUGAACAAGGACACAAACACGCACACACUGGGUAUCAUGCCACUCGCUCAAAUACCAGGCAAUGUCGCUUUCACCAGUCUCGCCAAUAUGUUGUCGAGAAUCAAACACCUCACCAUCAACAUCGACCUAGACACCCCUGUGUUGAAGGUUUCGAAGCCAGAGUUCUUCCUGGCAGAUUUCAUAUCUCGCACGGGAAGCUCAGACAUCGCCAAGCAGGAAUUGUGGUGCCAGAAGAUUGGAGAGUUGCUGUGGUCGGCUUCUGGCAACCUGUCGCAUUUGUCGUCGCUCGACAUUGUCAUCAAAGUCCAUUUCGACGCCUUGAAGGUGUACCAGGAAUACUUUUCGCGGCGGUACCCAGACUUUAUCAGAGAGCGAGGCUCGUACCCACCUGGCAUACUGAGAAAAUGCCUUCACCGCAACAACCCGUCACAGACAAUCGGCGAGGCCAUCGUCCCGACUGUGAGAGACAUUGUCAACCCUCUCAUGGGGCCCUUGGCCCGUUGGCGCCUUCGCUCUCGAAAUCUGAAUCUGAAGGUCUUUGUGGACGGGGAGAGUCGGAGCAACAACUGGGGAGGAGAUGAGACAGCGAUGCACGAACGCUUUGGCAUGGUUAGAGUCGGCUUUGGCGAGUUCGACGUCUUUUGCAGCAUGCUGCAAGAGCAGCUGUGUGGUGGGAGCCGUGUGCCAAAGGCACAAAAUGUCAUGGCGGAAGAGAGGGCGUUUUACUGCCAGUUGGGACUUCACAAGCUGUAG